UUUGACACGCGCAGCGACAACGAGCCCCAACAACGCGUCUCUCUCUCUCGCUUCAUUCGUUCAUACAUACAGUUCAGAGGCGCCACAGCGAGGGCCCAAACCUCAGAGCUAACUGUAAAAUAAAGAAUACUGACAAAAUGUGUGAAAUAUUUAAACAAAUGGAACUCAGCUGCCGUGUGAACGUCACCUAAGCGGAAAAUUCAAAUUCAAUAAAGAAAUUUUAAGAUCUAAAAAAGAAAGAACUAUGUAAAUAUUUAAAUUGCGGACUGAACAAACUUUUAGUGCAAAGCUGUGUGUGUUUUUUUUUUUCGUUCCUUGCAUUUCGUUAUUAAAUUAAAAUAUAUAUAUAAAAAUAUUUAUCAACAAUCUGGAAGUGGAUUAUCUAAUAAAUACGAAAAUGGACGACGAAAGCGAUGAUAAGGAUGACACGAAAAGAAAGUCCCGCAAUUUGAGCGAGAAGAAGCGACGGGAUCAGUUCAAUUCGCUGGUGAACGAUUUGAGUGCAUUGAUAACCACAUCGAAUCGCAAAAUGGACAAAUCCACAGUGCUCAAAUCCACAAUAGCAUUCCUAAAGAAUCACAAUGAGGCAACGGACAGAUCGAAAGUGUUUGAGAUCCAGCCGGAAUGGAAGCCCACGUUUCUCACAAAUGACGAAUUCACGCACCUGAUGCUGGAGUCUCUGGAUGGCUUUAUGAUGGUGUUUAGCAGUGUGGGCUCCAUAUUCUAUGCGUCGGAGAGCAUUACCUCGCAGCUGGGCUAUCUGCCGCAAGAUCUGUACAACAUGAGCAUCUAUGAUCUGGCCUAUGAGAUGGAUCACGAGGCCUUGCUGAACAUCUUCUUGAAUCCCACGCCCGUCAUCGAGCCGCGCCAGACGGACAUCAGCGCCAGCAAUCAGAUUACCUUCUACACGCAUCUGAAGCGCGGCGGCCUGGAGAAGGUCGAUGCCAACUCCUAUGAGCUGGUCAAAUUCGUGGGCUACUUUCGCAACGACACCAGCGCCCACUCGGACGGCCAGAGCAACAGCAGCCAGCUGACGUUGCCGCGCAUCUUUCAGCAGCAUCCGGGCGUUGAGCUGGACAGGAAGUUGGUCUUUGUGGGCACGGGACGCAUACAGACGCCGCAGCUAAUACGCGAGAUGAGCAUCAUCGAUCCAACCAGCAACGAGUUCACCUCGAAGCACAGCAUGGAGUGGAAGUUCCUCUUCCUCGACCAUCGGGCGCCGCCCAUCAUCGGGUACAUGCCCUUCGAGGUGCUGGGCACCUCGGGCUACGACUACUACCACUUCGACGACCUGGACAGCAUUGUGGCCUGCCACGAAGAGUUGCGCCAGACGGGCGAGGGCAAGUCCUGCUACUACCGCUUCCUGACCAAGGGCCAGCAGUGGAUCUGGCUGCAGACGGACUACUACGUGAGCUACCACCAGUACAACUCGAAGCCGGACUAUGUGGUGUGCACGCACAAGGUGGUCAGCCAUGCGGAGGUCAUCAAGCAGAACCACAAGGAGCGACAGAAGCCCACCAAGGCGCUCACCUCCUCCAGCAGCAGCAAGUGCGCCUCGGCGACGACCACGCUGCGCGACUUUGAGCUCAGCAACCAGAACCUGGACAGCGCGCUGCUCGGCAACACGCUGGCCAAUCUGAGCAACGAGGUGGCCGCCGCCACGUCGCCCACUGUGGACUCGUCGCCCAUGUGGUCGACGGGCGCGGCGCCUGCUGCCAGCACCUGCCAGCUGAACUCGGUGAAGACCUCGCGGCCCGCUUCCAGCUACGGCAACAUCAGCUCCACGGGCAUCUCGCCGAAAGCCAAGCGCAAGUGCUACUUCUACAACAGAGGCAACGAGUCCGACUCCACCUCCAUGUCCGCAGAUUCUGUGAUCAGCCGCCAGUCGCUGAUGACGCAUGUCAGCUCGCAAAGUCAGCGUCAUCGUUCGCAUCAUCAGCAGCAACGGCAGCAGCAGCUGCAGCAGCAACAGCAGCAUCAGCAGCAGCAUCCACAGCAGCAGCAACAACAACAACAACAGCAGCAGCAGCAGCAAAACUCACACUCUCAGCAGCAGCAGCAACAGCAGCAACAGCAACAGUUGCAGCAUCACACUGGUGCGCCCAAAAUCCUGCCCAUGCCGCUGGCAACCACCCAGAUUGUCACGAGCAACGCCUGCCAGUUUCCACAGUCCAGCUAUCCGCUGACCAGCCCCCAGCUGGUGGCGCCCAGCUUCCUGGAGCCUCCGCAGUACCUCGCAGCCAUACCGAUGCAGCCGGUGAUGGCGCCGUUUCCUGUGGCACCAGUCCUGUCGCCGUUGCCCAUGCAGACGCAAUCGGAGCUGCUGCCGGGCGCCGUGGUCAUGACCUCCACGCAGAGCCAGCUGCAGGAUCAGCUGCAGCGCAAGCACGACGAGCUGCAGAAGCUGAUCAUGCAGCAGCAGAACGAGCUGCGCAUUGUCUCCGAGCAACUGUUGCUGGCGCGCUACACCUAUCUGCAGCCCAUGAUGCCCAUGGGCUUCGCUGCCAGCAACAUGGCCGUUGCUGCUGCCGCCGUCGAGGGCAACACUGCCGGCAAUCAUGUGCAGCGUAACUUCAACUUCAGCGGCAGCAAUGCUGUCGAGCCUCAGUUCAAUCAGUAUGGCUUCGCCUUGAACUCGGAGCAGAUGCUCAAUCAGCAGGACCAGCAGAUGAUGAUGCAGCAGCAGCAGAAUCUGCACAAUCAGCAGCAACACAAUCACAGUCUGCAGCAGCAGCAGCAACCGCAGCAGACUCAGCAACAGCUGCAGCUGCAACAGAGCCAGACUCAACAGCAACAGCAGCAGCAGCAGCAACAGUUGCAGCUGCAGCAGCAGCAGCACAGCCAGAGCAACAUAUUGUCGCGGGAGGAUAUCGAAGACAUUGAUGCCUUCCUCAAUCUGUCGCCGCUGCAGUCGCUGAAUCAGCUCAACAGCAGCAAUGCCAACAGCAAUGCCAACGCCAGCGGCAACAGCAACACGAAUGCCAACAAUGCCAGCAAUAGCAACAGCAACAGCAACAACAAUGCCAACAACAGCAACAGCAACACUAACAACAACAACAACAACACCUCGAAUGCUCCAGAGAACACAAAUGAAGACUCGCUGCUCUCCUACAUGCAAAUGGCCACCGAGUCGGGCGCCUCGCUCAACUUUCACAUGGGCAUCAGCGACGACGGCUCCGAGACGCACAGCGAGGACAAUAAGUUGAUGCGCAGCACCAGCAGCAAUCAGCAGCAGCAACAGCAACAGCAGCAGCAGCAACUGUUGCAGCCACAGCCUCAGCAGCCAAGCAACUUCUUUGCUGCGAAUCCCUUUGGCAGCUCGAGUCAGAGUCAGCUGGCAAAUGAUCUGGAGAUCCUGCCAUAUCCAAUGGGGCAGGAGGCAACACAAAGUCUGUUCAGCUCGCCGCACACUGCGAACAGUAGUCAAUAGUGCAAGUGGGCGUGGCCUCGCUGAACUGACCAACUGAAAUUCCUUAAAACUUAGCCAUAGACAAAGACAUGCAUAUGUCUUACAUAUAUAUAGAUAUAGCUAACAGACAUAUGUUAUAUAGAUAUUUAGGCAGCUGUAUUAUAUAAAUCUUCUCUAAGUCCUACGGCACACGGCUCUCUCUUUAGCGUACAUAGACAAUAGCCACAACUAGUUGUAGAUCUCAACAGACUGAGUAUUGCGCUAAUCCUUAAUUCACUCUAAAUAUAUAUGCAUAUAUGUAUAUUCUAUAUAUAAGCUCUAUAUUAUUCGUACUCUAAGCUCAAGUUCUCAAAAAUUGAGUUUUAGUUUUAGUUUAGUGAAAGAUCGUUAUAG